CAAGAAGAAGAUGGUGGGAACAACACUUUCACAACAGCUCAAGAACUACAUUCAGACCAUGCAUGCCCAGGGAAUGCUAGAUCACCAUUUCGACCAUGUAAAAGCUUUACAAAAUGAAGAAAAUCCUCAGUUCGUAAUGGAUGUGAUUUCCAUGUUCUCCCACGAUGCCGAAGCUGCCAUUGCCCACCUCACUACUCUUCUAAACUCAGCUGUUGUGGACUUCGCCAUGGCCAUAACCUUGGUUCACCAGCUCAGAGGAAGUAGCUCCAGCAUUGGUGGGCAGAGGAUGGCCAUUGCUUGUCGUGAUCUACGACAUGCCUGUGAUAACAUGGACAAGGAGAGAUGCCUUCAAGUAUUGGAAAGGGUGAAACAAGAGUAUGAAGCUUUGAGGGAAUGCCUUCAUAUCAUAUUUCAGCUAGUGGCGCAGUCAAAUAGGGUUCCGGCGCAAUGGAUGUUGACGGUAAAGAACUAA